AAUAAACAUUUAUAUAAAUAUAUAAUAUAUAUGAGGGUGUGCGAAAUGGAGGGGGAAAACCUCCUGCUGUACUGUAUAUAUUGUAUAUUUUGUGUAGAGUUUGUUAAUGACAUUUUGAGUUUUGUGAUGUUUAGGGGUUUGUUAAAUUAGCCAAUGCAUUUCUUUACUCACACAGACCUGGCAACCUAGAUAUCUUCUCACACCUAUGGAGGAGGGUUUCUAGCUAACAAGCUAGCAGUCUUCCUUAGACUUCAAUCCAGCAUGGAGAAUAACAUUACAGCUGCAGGAAACUCCAGUAAUGAAACCAAAACACACUUUCGAGUCUGCCGCUUCAUCAUCGAGACAGUGUUUAUUGGUUGCAGGAGUGAAGUUGGGUAUGCGGUCUGUUCCUGUAGCCACUGCAUGUUCACUCUACCACAAGUUCUUCCAGACUGCCAGUUUACAGGUCUACGAGCCUUAUUUAGUAGCCAUGUCCUGCAUCUAUCUUGCGGGUAAGGUUGAAGAACAGCAUCUCAGGACAAGGGACAUAAUCAAUGUUUGUCACAGAUAUUUCCAUCCAGGAAGUGAUCCACUGGAGUUGAAUGAAAAGUUCUGGGAGCUGCGAGAUAGUGUAGUACAGUGUGAACUUCUCAUUCUCAGACAGCUCAACUUCCAUGUGUCCUUCGAGCAUCCUCAUAAAUACCUUCUGCACUACUUACUGUCUGUGAGGAGUUUAAUGAACCGUCACGCUUGGUCUCGGACACCCAUUGCUGAAACAGCCUGGGCCUUGAUCAAGGACAGUUACCACGGACCGGUGUGUGUGCGCCAUCAGCCUCAACACCUUGCACUUACAGCACUCUACCUUGCUUUGCACACUUAUGGAGUCCAGGUGCCUGCAGGAGAAAGGGAUUGGUGGCAGGUUUUGUGUGAGGACAUUACCAAAGCUCAGAUUGAGGCCAUAAUGACUGAACUGCUGCAGCUCUACGACAUGGAAGCCAAAUGCACCUGAGAGGGAAUGAAGUGUGAAAUAGACCAUGUGAAGCAGACUACAGUGUAGUCUGAAUUCCCUAGAACACCUCCAUCCCUACCCCUGAGACCAGAGACAGUCAGGAUCAUGGACCACAUUCCAGAAAUAUUUGUUUUAUUGAUUAUUUUGUUAUCUGAAAUUAUACAGCUGGAUUUUUUUUCACAGCUAAGGAAGUUGUCAAUGUGACGGUGCCAAUGCCUGCAUUAAUGUGAGGUAGGGUAAUGAGGACUGAGAGUGAGUCACCGGGUGACAGUCAGAAAAACAGGCUUUAGCCACAGCACAUCAAUCACUUUCCAAGCUCAUGCCCUACUUUCUUUUCCUCCCUUGUUCCAGUUUUACUGGGAAGUGAAGAAGAAGAGUGAGAAAUGGUCGAAAGUGGGAGUGGGAAAAAAGAAUUAAAGAAGAAACCUAACCAUGCCAAACUAUCCUGGGAGCUAGUCUUUACCUGGAGGUAAAGCAGCUAAAACUGGGACACUGCUUUGAUAUGCUAUAAUUUAAUUACACACUUUCUCUCCCAUUAAAAUUCAUCCAUUAUGGUUCACUGAAGUUAUAUUGCAGUAUACAAUAUUAUAUGAUACAUUAGAUUGUGAUCGUAUAGGGCAGUUUGAGCUUUCUUUACUCAACUGUUAAGAUGUAAAAACAAAAUGUGAUAAAAGCGGACAUUAUUUUUUCUUACUUUA